AUGGAAGUCGAAAAACAAGUGAUUCAAGAAGAAAUGUUCCAAGGAUCUGAGGUAAUUCCACGUACAUGUCUGGCGGUGUGCGACACAAAAAUCUCGACUCUUACAUCAUUCAUUCAUUCUCGUAGCAUAUGCGUGCACGUUGAACCUGCGAAUAUGGAUUUUUGGGGAUGUGUGAGGACUAGCGUGAAAAAGGAUUUAUUUUCCGGCCGAAAUUCCCGAAUAAUAAAACUCUUGGCCAUUUCACCGGGUUGCCAUGACACUUCACUUCCGACGCACACCAAUGACGUCCCAGCUGUGUCAUCACCGUUGCCCAAACUCACCCGUCACCCCGAUGAUUCGAAGAAGGCUUGGACGUUUCUCUUUAACAAGUUGAACUUUACGCAUAUUUCUGGGCUUAGAACGUUUCCUUCGAGCUUUUCACGUCAAGCGUCGACUUGCUAUCCGGUGGGUGCUCCAUUGGAAAAAAACCGGUAUUUAAACUUCUGCGCCCAUCUUGCCGAUCUUUUUGUGACUGCGGCGCGCACAGUUUCCACAUUGAGCCACUUCUGCUUCGAUGAAAUUUCAUGGAUGGUAGCAACAGUUCCAUCUCAUCAACAAGAAGCGGCUGUCACGGCUGCCGCACUCGCUUACGUUCAAGCUUACAACAGUCCCCCACGAGAUAUCUUUGUACAAUCCCCCCAACAGCAACAUCAUCACCAUCACCCAAUUGAGUCCUCUGAUUUAUUCACGACAUACCCUUCACCCGGAGAAUCCUCGAUAAUGACUGAAUCACCGACUCAUUCGCCGCCCACCUUUAACACCACCACCACCGGUGAGCACAAACCCGUGAUUAACGGCGACGGUGGAUACCAAACGAACUCACCGUAUGUAUCAGGAAAACAUCCGUUCUACAAAGGCAGGAGAUCGAUCACCCAUCAGGAAGUUGAAUGUGAUGAGAAUAAUACCCUUCCAGGGGAUCGAUCUCAAAUCCUGUCUGUGAUUCCUACCACUCCUGCCAAUUCUUUACACCAUUUUACUCACCUUCAUCGCCUCAAUUCGGUCAGGUACCCCACGGCUCCCUAUACCACCACCGCCACCUCCACACCGCCUUCAUCAUACAUUCCUUCCAAUGGUAUGCACAUGGAUCGACGAUCAAGCCUUGGUGCCGGUGUACCAGUGUUGCCAAUUCUCCAUCAACCUUUCACCUCCCACGACACCAAGGUUCACGGUUUGCCUCAUCAGGAUCUAUCGACUGCCAACGGCUCAGCCGAGCAACAGUGGAACAAUGGUAGCUCACCGUUUUCUUUCGGUUCCUACGCAAAGCCGCCUAAAGGAUUUGAUGAGAAAGCAAUAGAUCCCUCAUUCUUCACCGAUCCGUCGAUGGUCAAACCAUCCAGUUCGGGUGCCACCGCUUCAAUAAGUUAUUAUGGUCAAAAUCCAAUGUACGAUCGGAACGUGAUGCCUCAACAUCCGGGCGGUUUUCCCACUCCACAAGAUUAUCCGUUGAUUGCCGGUCGAUUCGCUGCCAACGGCACCAUAACCGCGAUGUCUGCCGCAAAUGGUAAUGGCACGCCAAAACAAUCACAAAAUCAAUCAAGACCUCCACCGGUUCCUGCACCACAGGCAAUGAUGACAACCUUUAGUUCAAAGACCGUCUCAUCCACACCAAAGAGGUACAAGUGCAAUUCACACUGGGGAGAAACGUAG